AUGCUAUCACGCGCAACAUCUUUUCCACGGCGUCUCCCAGAACAUUUGUCCUUCUCAGGGUUUUCAUCCAGACGAUGGAUUUCUCAUUCUUAUAACCUUUUCCAGCAACAAACUGAGCAGCUACGAAUGAAGAAACAGCGCUCUCUUCCCGCAGCUUAUUAUCGGGGAGGCACCUCGAGGGCGGUCUUUUUCCGACAGGAAGAUCUACCUCGUGACAGAAAGUCUUGGGAUCCUAUUUUUCUGGAUGUGAUCGGCAGUCCCGACCCUUACGGGCGUCAGCUUGAUGGGCUUGGUGGAGGUAUCUCUAGUCUCUCCAAAGUGUGCAUCGUCGGCAAGUCACAACAUCCAGAGGCUGACGUCGACUACACUUUCGUUUCCCUGGGGGUGAAGACGCCGGAUGUUGAUUAUUCAAGCAACUGCGGGAACAUGAUCAGUGCAGUCGGUCCCUUUGCCGUCGAUUCUAAGCUUGUCCAGGUGUCAUCUGCCGCGUCCGAAGCGUCAGUACGAAUCCAUAACACUAACACGGGCAAAGUCAUUCGUGCGACUUUUCCAGUUGUUGACGGAGAGGCCGCCUCAAGCGGUACAUUCGCCAUUGAUGGAGUUGCAAGCACAGCAGCACGCGUUCAACUCGAUUUCUUGAAUCCAGCUGGGUCUCGAACCGGGAAACUACUUCCCACAGGAAAUGUAGUUGAUACAUUCGAUGGGGUAGCAGCAACAUGCAUUGAUGUCGCCAACCCCUGUACCUUUGUCCGGGCCAGUGACCUUGGUGUGGAUGGAAAUCUAACCCCCGAGGAGGUAGAAGUGCAUCCAGACUUGCUAGUACGUCUAGAUUCAAUCCGUCGUCAAGCAGGAGUGAAGAUGGGCUUAGCAUCAACACCAGAGACCGUUCCUGGGAGCGUACCUAAAAUCUGUCUAGUGUCAACACCGCCUGAAAAUGGACGAGCGAUCCAACAGAAACAAACUGCUCGUGAUGUGGAUGUUCUCGCCCGGUCGAUCUCUGUCGGGCAACCUCAUAAGGCGAUCCCAAUCACCGUGGCUCUGGCUCUGGCGUCUGCCGCUCGAGUCCAGGGGAGUACUGUGGCAGAUGUUGCUAGCAAACAACCUGUGGAUCAGGCGGGUAUCACCAUCGGACAUGCCAGUGGUAACCUACUGGUUGGAGCAGAUUUUGAUCCUACUGGAGCACUUUCAGCUGCUACCGUCUUCCGAACAGCCCGCCGUCUCUUUGAGGGACGCAUAUUUUGGAAGGAUGAGUCGAUAUAA